GUGCAUUUGGGGCAUUAAAUUGACAAAUUAUUGGCCCACACUUGGGUUUGGUCAUUAUAAAAAUUGGCACCAAUUCCUCCCUGCCCAAAUCGCCCACCAACCAAGCGCAUCCUCUGGCUCUCCUGACAGUCUUCUCUUCUCCUAGUAGUUGCGUUUGAUCCUGAAUUGAAUUUGAUAAUGGCUCGAAAGAAGAUUAGAGAGUAUGAUUCCAAGAGACUUCUCAAGGAGCACUUGAAACGCCUUGCUAAUAUCGAUCUCCAUAUCUGCUCUGCUCAGGUGACUGAGUCUACGGACUUCACUGAGUUAACAAAUCAAGAACCAUGGCUUUCUUCUUCAAAAUUGGUGGUGAAGCCCGAUAUGCUAUUUGGGAAACGUGGGAAGAGCGGUUUGGUAGCUUUGAAUUUAGAUCUAGCUCAAGUUGCUGAAUUUGUGAAAGGACGCCUUGGUGUUGAGGUUGAAAUGGGCGGCUGCAAGGCACCAAUAACUACAUUCAUUGUUGAACCAUUUGUUCCACAUGACCAAGAAUUCUACCUCUCAAUAGUUUCUGAAAGACUUGGCUCCACCAUUAGCUUUUCAGAAUGCGGGGGUAUUGAAAUUGAAGAGAACUGGGAUAAGGUUAAGACCAUAUUCCUUCCUACUGAGAAACCUAUGACCUUGGAGGCAUGUGCUCCAUUGAUUGCUACACUUCCUUUGGAGAUUCGAGGUAAAAUUGGUGGCUUCAUAAUGGGCGUCUUUGCUGUCUUUCAAGAUUUGGACUUCAGUUUUCUAGAGAUGAAUCCGUUUACCCUGGUAAAUGGAGAGCCAUAUCCAUUGGAUAUGCGAGGAGAGCUGGAUGACACUGCUGCCUUCAAGAACUUCAAGAAGUGGGGUAACAUAGAGUUUCCUCUCCCUUUUGGACGAGUUCUGAGCUCUACUGAAAGCUUCAUUCAUUCACUGGAUGAAAAGACAAGUGCGUCUUUGAAAUUCACUGUUUUAAACCCAAAAGGUCGUAUCUGGACGAUGGUAGCUGGAGGUGGUGCAAGUGUUAUAUAUGCCGAUACUGUCGGCGAUUUAGGUUAUGCAUCAGAGCUUGGCAACUAUGCAGAAUAUAGUGGAGCUCCUAAUGAGGAGGAAGUCUUGCAAUAUGCAAGAGUUGUAAUUGAUUGUGCUACUGCUAAUCCUGAUGGUCGUAAAAGGGCCCUUCUUAUUGGAGGUGGCAUUGCUAACUUCACAGAUGUUGCAGCUACUUUCAAUGGUAUCAUUCAAGCCCUCAGAGAAAAGGAAUCCAAGUUAAAAGCAGCAAGAAUGCACAUCUAUGUUCGAAGAGGUGGUCCAAACUAUCAGAUUGGUUUGGCAAAGAUGCGCUCUUUGGGAGAAGAGUUGGGGGUGCCUCUUGAGGUUUAUGGGCCUGAGGCUACAAUGACAGGAAUUUGCAAGCAGGCCAUUGAUUGCAUCAUGUCCACGGCAUAGUUUUGCAACCCAUCUUUUUAUGGAUGUGUAUGGAGAAAAAUAAUUUGGAGCAUUGUGUGUUUGAGAAGAUAAUUUUGUGUUGGGACAAUUAUUUUGUGUACAAGGCAUGAACACAAUUGAAAAUUUCCUCUUUUUAAUGAAAAACUUGAUUGAAUUGUUUUGG